UUGAGCUAUGCGUACAGAGAAAGAUGACGCUCACGGCACUGCGCAGGAAGGUUUACGCUUGUCUGUUUCUGCCACACAGAUGCAAAGUCUACUGCGCGGUCCUCAUCCUUUUGAUGGUGUCCGUCUACCACAUAGGAGAGGUAGUGAAAAGGAGUCGGGAAAGGCCUCGCCUGGUAAAUGAGGUGUUUGAUCCGCACAAGAACAACGAGAAGUGUGCAUCGUUCCACAGCAGAGAUUGCACACCCAUUCCCAUCGAUCUGGUGUACACGUGGGUCAAUGGGUCAGACGAGACCCUGCUGAUGGAUCUGGUAGAGGCCAGACAGCAACUGGCGGAGGAAGAACGAAGUCUGAGGGAGGAGCCAAAAUGCACGUUGUCCCACUGCAUUGCUGCGCCGGUGUUGGUGCUGGAUCCCGCCCUGCCUGCGGGUGUGACCGUCACUGAUCUACCAUUGCUGUCACCCUCCCUUUCAGAAGCAGUGGAGCUGCUGCAGCUCAACCAACCGCUCCAUCCGGUCACGGCUGUCGUCUUCCAUUCGCGAUCUGACGCUGAAAAAGCGUUGGCAGGUGUGCUCAAUGAAGGCAAAAAAAUAUUCUCAGUCUCCAAAAGUUACCUGACCACAGACAAGGAGCUUCCAGGUCUAAUCAGAAUGCAGACUCUGGCCUACUUAGGUGAAUUUUCCCCAAAGGUAUCAGAGAAUCUGCAAGCCAAAUUGCCUCCUGCUAUCAGCGACAAGAUCACUGAGUUGGAGUUGUACCCACAAGACCACAUCGCUCUGCUCCACUUCAAAAGUCCACAGCACUUGACUGAUCUCCUUCAGGAGGAUACACUGAUGUUGGAUGGGGAGAAGUUGGACAUCAACCCCGUGUAUUUGUUCUGGGACCUGAGUGGCAUCAUCAAGUUUUUACAGACGCAGUCUAUCCUUACAAAAUCAGAGAAGAGAAGUUCUCUGUCAGCAAACCGCUUUGAGGACAAUGAUGCCCUUCGUCAUUCACUGCGCUCCGUGGAGAAAUACGCCCCCUGGGUGCGACACAUCUUCAUUGUGACAAACGGGCAGAUUCCCUCCUGGCUCAACCUGGAGAACCCCCGAGUUUCAUUGGUUACCCACAAGGAACUCUUCUUGAACCACAGCCACCUCCCCAACUUUAAUUCUGUCGCUAUAGAGAGCAACCUCCACCGCAUCCCAGGAAUCUCUCAGAAGUUCAUUUACCUCAACGAUGACAUGAUGUUUGGCAAAGAAGUGUGGUUGGAUGACUUUUACUCCCCUUCGAGUGGGCAGAAAAUAUAUCUCACCUGGACUCUUGGCCCUUGUUCCAAGGGCUGCAGAGGAACCUGGAUCAACAACGGGCAGUGCAAUGAGGGAUGCAACAACAUUGACUGCUUAUGGGAUGGAGGAGACUGCAAGGCUAAAAAACACAGAUCUGCACGCAGUGCUGGGAAUGAGAAGGCCAGUAGAAAUACUGGUGGUACGCUUCUUCCAGCUGGCACAUCCCAGGCCGCGACACCAGAGUCACCACUAGUCUUCUCGAAUGAGGACAAAAGUGGUCCCAAAGUGGAAGUGUUUGACGCCGCUGCAAUUCCACUGGCGAGGAAACUCCAACAAUUUGUCCCAUCUAACGAAGACGUCCUGCUCUGGGAGAUGAAAAAAGAAUUUAUAGACCUACUGGAGGAAGACGAGCAUCAACAGAGAGGGCUAAUGUAUGAGACCAAUGGUGCCGCCACUGGCCGAAAGCUGAAGGACAGUUUUUUAGCUUCAUUAAACUACGUUGACAGGCUGUAUAACAGCAAGUUUGGCACCAUGUCACGAAAAGUGAUUGCACACACACCCUACAUGAUUGACAAGUCGAUAAUGAAGGAGCUGCAAGACACAUUCCCAAAGGAAUUUGAGAUGACCUCUAGCCACCACUUGCGUCACACAGAUGACAUGCAGUUUUCAUUUUCCUAUUUUUACUUCCUGAUGAGUGUCAAGCAGCAGACAAGCAUCACUGAGUUUUUUGACAUAAUUGACCAAGAUCACUCUGGUGUUCUGUCUGACAGCGAGAUUGAAGCCCUUGCCAAGAAAAUCUAUAAGCAGCCACUCAAACCUAUGGACCUGACAGGUUUGGGUAAUGAGUUGCUCACAUGCUCUAAAACAUUUUCAAAUGAAGUCAUGCAGAUCCACUCAGUGAAAUUUAGUCCUGAGGUCUACCACGACCAAAACAUGCCUCAGAUCACAAAAGAUCUCUUCCUGAACUGCAAGCCUGUCACAGAUAGAAUUCAUAAAGCCAUUCCAAGGCAGAAUAAGUACAAGUAUACGAUCAUGGGGGAGCAGGAGAUACAUUUUAGGUUAAUCAAGAACGACAAUGACAAGAACAAAAGACAUUUUAAUGAUGUUCUGAACGAUGCCAAAAAGUUCAUCUGCCUGAAUGAUGACAUUGAUCACAGCAAAAGCAAUGCCAAGGCAGUGGAAGCCAUGCUGGAACAAUUCUACCACAAUAUACUCCCGCAUCCAUCCCAGUUUGAACUGCCAAAAAGCAAAACCAACAAGUUCUUGAAGGUCGAUGAGGUGCAGGAAUGGGAAACUUACCAGGACACAUUGAGGUUCUUUAGAUUAUGUGCCAUUGUGGUGCUCAUCAUCUUCAGUUUCAAGUUCAUCUUCAAAACGAUGAUCUGGUUGAAAAAGCUGCUGCAUAGAGGCAUAGAGUUCAAGUACAAGAAAUUGGAGAAAAUGUAGAGGAAGACUUCCCAGUCCAGUGGGGAGGGUCCUAUCUCAGAAGAAUCCGAAGUUGUUUGUUGAUUAAAUUAAUCUCUAUGUAACUAUAACAUUUGUAUAAAGACAAAGCACACACCAAAGAUGCUACAUAUGGAAAACAUACAAGGCAGAGAGAAUCCACUUCUCAAAGUAACAUGGAGACCGUACCAUACAAUACAUGGUCAAGACCAAUACGUAACCGCUGCCUAAAGUAACAUUUUUGAUAGACAUCAGCCAAAUCUGACAACCAGCUGCUCUGCUAGAAGUCUUUCCUGCUGUGUCUUGUCUUUUGUCGGCAGAAAUGAUCAAAGCUCGUAUAUAAAGUUGUUGGAUAAAGUAUUAUGGUAGUCUGAGCACUGAUUGUGUUUCGUGUCUAAAAAUUGCCUACUAUCACUUGUGUUUUGUGAAUUCCAAUGUCUGCAGGUGGUCAAGGACCAAGUGAAGUAACGGUCCAGAAGGAAUCACUUCAUGAUAAUGUUGGGCUUUUUCCCGCUCUUUUCAAAUGUCUUUCGAUAGUAUUCAGGAUUAACAUUUUAUUGUACCUUGUAAAAUUGUAACAUUUAAAAUAAAAACCUCUAUUCUUGAA